AUGGGAAGGGGAAAGCGAAAUGAACAGUCACCUUGGCUUUUUGUCUCAUGCAAACAAGGUGCGGAUGACAUACCAACCCACGUACACGAGAAUACACGCGCCAAAGUGAUUAAGAAACCGGUGUUUGGUGGUGCUGAAGUUAUAAUGGCCGGAUCGCCUGUUCGAGCACCGCUUCCAAACCUGCUUUUUCCACAAUCUGGAGAUAAGAGCCCGCCGAUAACAGGAAGUGGGGCUCAUAAUUCCAGUCCCAUUCUUUCUGACAUGGUGACGGGUUCUCCAACCUAUCCGCGCUUUGCUGAAGGACCCUUCUGUGCUAGCAAUGUGCGUUCAGCAUCUCCACAGCCACCGGCGAAGAAGCGGUGUCUAGAGCCAAAACAACACUCUACCUCAGGAGAGGGAGAAGGCCUCACAGCACCAUCUCAACCAACGCACGAAUGUAGCAGCGAUUCGCUGUGCACUAGUGCCAGCAGUUUUUCGUCUAAGGGAGACCAGCAACCUCAGCUACCGCAACCACUGCCACCUCGGAUUAAAAAUGGAGCGGAAGAGUCGCCUUCCUCAAAACCGCAGCAACCACCACAACAGCAACAGGAGUCAGAGUCGUCCAAGGACCUGCCACACUAUCCACCACUGCCUCUGUGGGGAGACGUUGUUCCCGAUUCCGCGAACUCCCGUAUCGCCAUGUUGCCGAAAAAUUUCCCACCACUAUUUCCUUCUGGUCGCGCUGCUGCAGUCACUCCAAGUAUGCCUGCAAUCACAACAACUACCAAUAGUGAUCCAGUACCUCUUGGUGCUAGCGCGUUGGCAGCAGCAGCUGCUAUGGCGAUAAAUCCUUUAUUUCAACAGUCUUCAGGAGGUGGCCUCGUACCUGGAAGCACAGCUUCUCCUUGGAACCCAAUGCUGGCAGCAGCUGCAGCAGCAUUUGCCUCUGGAGGGUUUCAACCACCAGGUUUACCUUCAAGACUUCAAGGAGAUGCUGAAGGACCAGAGGAAAAAGAUGGCGGUUCUUCCUCGAGGUCAGGAAGUCCUAUGCUCCUUUCGGGUGCUGGGUCUUCCGUUGAAGGGGUGGAAGUAAUGCCAGAUGCAAGUCAGGCUGGACAUCACUGGACAUUCCAAGAGCAGUUCAAGCAGCUGUACGAACUAUCCUCAGACCCCAAGAGGAAGGAGUUCCUGGACGAUUUGUUCAAUUUCAUGCAAAAAAGAGGCUCACCCGUCAACCGAAUUCCAAUAAUGGCGAAGCAGGUGCUCGAUUUGUACGAGUUGUAUAGGCUUGUGGUGACUAGAGGCGGUCUAGUUGAGGUCAUUAACAAGAAACUCUGGCGUGAAAUAACGAAGGGCCUUCAGUUACCCUCUUCCAUUACCAGUGCUGCAUUUACGUUGAGAACACAGUACAUGAAAUACCUCUAUCCCUACGAGUAUGAAAAACUGGCGCUCAGCACUCCGAGUGAACUGCAGGCCGCAAUUGAUGGAAAUCGACGGGAGGCGAGGCGCUCCUCGUACAGCUUCGAGUAUCCUAUGCUCAUGGGUCCCAGUUCGAGCGCAGGUGCACAAUCUGGCACCGCGGGACAGCCGCUGUCCAACACGUCACUUGGAGCCACAUUCUCCCAUCCACCUCCUCCUCACCAUUCCCUCCUCGCACCUCCGCCCCCCCCACCGCCACCACCUAAUGUCUCCGCCUCCUGCGGCCCGUCGCUUUUACCUUCAGGCCUACUUCUCCCCCCAGGAUUCCCCACACCGAAUUCGGGAAGAAAUGGAAGCAUAUUCCCCGAUACACACUUCUUUGGUUUUCCUAGUUUGGUGGUACCAACCUCGACAACGGUUGUUCGUCCACCAACUCCCACUCCCCCAGCUGCAUUUGAUGCUAAGUCCUACUUCGAUGACGAUCAAUUAGUAAAACAGAAAAGAUCAAAAUACCCUCAGCGGUGUUUGUCUUCAUCGUCAACUACCAUGGUGACGGCUGCCGCAAGUCCCAAGCCGCGGCCUAACUCCAAGCCCAAUUACUCAUCUCCCGCAACUCUCGAAUCUGAUCUGAAGAGCGAGGCCAACCGCUACUUAAAGCCUAUGAAGUUAUCCACUCUUCCGAAGUGUACAUCAGCCUUCGAUUUAGACCAACGACACUCGCCACAAGAAACUCCAUCGCCACGUCUUCCGACCAACGUGGAAGUGCCAGAUAAAAGUCAACAAAGUGCUGCAACCCAAUUUUCUGAGUUCCUGAAACAACGUUUGCCACUUAAUGAUGUAGGAACUACGUCGAAUUGCAACUUCUCAAGGAGUGAUCUAAUGCAACCGCUCGCCUUAACUAUCCCUAUGCAGAACGCCUACCAGCAAUUCAUGAGCAGUACCGUUCAGAAGUUGGGGCUCGCAGAGAAGAAGGACUCGAUGAACGGCUGUGUGGAGGAUCGUCGACAGGCGAAGCCAACUGCAACUCCUCGAGAGAAUGGCGAUUUUCCGGCAUCCAAUAUUCAAUUGGCACCGAACCUAAGGAUUAGCACCCAAGCUGGCGAUCAACUUGGACUGCCGGAAAACACAUUAGUCGUGUGCAUGGAGGUCAAUGGCGUAGUCUAUCAAGGCGUCCUUUUUGGCCGAAUCAAACCGCUUUCGUGA